AUCACAUGUUCUUCGGGCUGAUUACCUGAAGUCGGUCUUUGAAAGUCGGCUUUUGUACCUGAACCUGAACCUAUUUUAUAUAUCACUUCUAUCUUGAGUUUUGUCCUUAAAAUGACGAGCCUUCUCAAGAUUUCGUCGAUUCUCUCCAAAACAGCGACUAAACACACUGUUAAUUCUACCCUUCCAUCAAUAACAUCAUUUCGGAAGUUGCAUAUAACUCCGAAUGCAGGAACUACAACGAGCAGCAGUAUUUCAAAAGAAUACCCAGUAGUUGACCACACAUACGAUGCUGUCGUUGUCGGUGCGGGCGGCGCAGGUCUCAGGGCGGCGUUUGGCCUUGUGGCUGAAGGUUUUAAAACAGCAGUCGUAACAAAAUUAUUUCCGACAAGAUCGCAUACAGUCGCCGCCCAAGGAGGAAUUAACGCGGCAUUGGGAAAUAUGGAAGAAGACGAUUGGCACUGGCAUAUGUAUGAUACUGUGAAAGGUUCAGAUUGGCUCGGAGACCAAGACGCUAUUCAUUAUAUGACCCGUGAAGCGCCCAAGGCUGUCAUUGAACUUGAAAACUACGGUAUGCCGUUUUCAAGAACUCCUGAGGGAAAAAUAUACCAAAGAGCAUUCGGAGGACAAAGUUUAAACUUUGGCAAAGGUGGCCAAGCUCAUAGGUGUUGCGCUGUUGCAGAUAGAACUGGACAUUCUCUUCUUCACACCCUUUACGGCCAAUCCCUAAGGUACAAUUGCAACUACUUUAUUGAAUAUUUCGCCAUGGACCUUUUGAUGGAAGGCGAUACCUGUGUCGGAGUGAUAGCCCUCAGUUUGGAAGACGGGAAGCUUCACAGAUUCAGAGCGAAGAAUACUGUUUUGGCAACUGGUGGUUAUGGCAGGGCUUAUUUUUCUUGUACAUCAGCCCAUACUUGCACAGGCGAUGGCCAAGCAAUGGUAACAAGGGCCGGCUUGCCAAACCAAGAUUUGGAAUUUGUUCAAUUUCAUCCGACGGGAAUCUAUGGUGCUGGUUGCCUUAUAACAGAAGGGUGCCGAGGAGAAGGUGGUUAUCUGGUAAACUCCGAAGGUGAAAGGUUUAUGGAAAGAUAUGCUCCUGUUGCGAAAGAUCUCGCCUCAAGAGACGUCGUGUCGAGGUCAAUGACGAUUGAAAUCCGUGAAGGAAGAGGAGUAGGGCCAGAGAAGGAUCAUGUAUUUCUACAACUCCACCACCUCCCUCCGGAGCAGUUGGCCUCUCGUUUGCCAGGUAUCUCCGAAACUGCCAUGAUUUUUGCAGGAGUGGAUGUAACAAGAGAACCGAUCCCAGUUAUUCCUACUGUGCAUUACAACAUGGGAGGCGUGCCUACAAAUUACAAAGGACAGGUGCUCACUCACUCUGGAGGAAAAGACAAGGUCGUAGAAGGCCUAUAUGCCGCUGGUGAGGUCGGCUCAUCCUCAGUUCAUGGAGCCAAUAGGCUAGGAGCUAACUCCUUGCUCGAUUUAGUCGUAUUUGGCAGGGCCUGUGCUAAAACGAUCGCCGAGGAAAACAAACCCGGUGAAAAAAUCAAAGAAUUGUCUCUGUCAAAUGGAGAACAAUCUGUGGCAAACUUAGAUCAAUUGCGAAGGGCCGAUGGAAAUCUGCCGACUGCGCAAAUUCGCCUCAACAUGCAGAAAACUAUGCAGAAGGAUGCCGCUGUAUUUAGAACUGGAGCGACGUUGAAAGAAGGCGUUAAAAAUAUGGAAGAAGUGUACAAACAGUUAGAUGAUCUUAAGGUGUCUGACCGAAGCAUGGUUUGGAACUCAGAUCUCAUAGAAACUCUCGAGCUACAAAACCUGAUGUUAUGUGCUGUACAAACUAUCGUUGCUGCUGAAAACAGGAAAGAAAGCCGAGGUGCUCACGCUAGAGAAGAUUUCAAAGUCAGGGUUGAUGAGUAUGAUUACUCAAAACCACUUGAAGGACAACAGAAAAAACCAUUUGAACAACACUGGAGAAAGCAUACAUUGACUACAAUGGACCCUAAAACUGGAAAGGUCGAAAUUAACUAUCGUCCAGUCAUUGACGAUACAUUAGAUGCUCAUGAGUGUAAGACGGUUCCUCCAGCCAUCAGAUCUUAUUAGAUAGGAAACUUACAUUUCAUGUUCCUUUGAAAACAUUACAGUAUUUUAUGUUUGUAAAUAAAAAUUUGACCUGUUUCAACCUCAUUUUGGUAUUUAAAUCAAUUUGCAGGAUCGAUUGUUAUUGCUCUGUUUUCAAAAAUCCAUCUGAAUAAUUUAUUUAGUUUAAUUUAUUA